CAGCCGCUGGAGCCGCGCCGCGCAGCGAGGCCGGCCGCCGGGCACUUCCUGUGGAGGCCGCAGCGGGCCGAGCGCGAGCGCCGAGCAGCAGCCAGCCGAGCCUGCCGCCGCCAUGGGCCAGAACGACCUGAUGGGCACGGCCGAGGACUUCGCCGACCAGUUCCUGCGAGUCACCAAGCAGUACCUCCCUCACGUGGCCCGCCUCUGCCUGAUCAGCACCUUCCUGGAGGAUGGCAUCCGCAUGUGGUUCCAGUGGAGCGAGCAGCGUGACUACAUCGACACUACCUGGGGCUGUGGCUACCUGCUGGCCUCAUCCUUCGUGUUCCUCAACUUGCUGGGACAGUUGACUGGCUGUGUCUUGGUGUUGAGCAGGAACUUCGUGCAGUAUGCCUGCUUUGGGCUCUUCGGAAUCAUAGCACUGCAGACGAUCGCCUACAGCAUUCUGUGGGACUUGAAGUUUUUGAUGAGGAACCUGGCCCUGGGAGGAGGUUUGUUGCUGCUCUUAGCAGAGUCCCGUUCGGAAGGGAAGAGCAUGUUUGCAGGUGUCCCCACCAUGUGUGAGAGCUCUCCCAAGCAGUACAUGCAGCUCGGAGGCAGGGUCUUGCUGGUCCUGAUGUUCAUGACCCUCCUUCACUUUGAUGCCAGCUUCUUUUCUAUCAUCCAGAACAUCGUGGGCACAGCUCUGAUGAUCUUGGUGGCUGUUGGCUUUAAAACCAAGCUGGCGGCUUUGACUCUUGUUGUUUUGCUGUUUGCUAUCAAUGUGUAUUUCAACGCCUUCUGGACCAUUCCAGUCUAUAAGCCCAUGCAUGACUUCCUGAAGUACGACUUCUUCCAGACCAUGUCGGUGAUUGGAGGCUUGCUCCUGGUGGUGGCUCUGGGCCCUGGGGGUGUUUCCAUGGAUGAAAAGAAGAAAGAGUGGUAACAGGCAGAUCCCUACCCUACCUGGCCAAGACCUGUGCCCUUGUGGACUGGUUCAGGGUGGAGUCAACAAACUGCCAGCAGUUCCGUGUCCUCUUCCCUCCCCCCGCCUUGGUAAAGGCACCGAUGUUUGAGAACUUUACUUGCAGACACCUGAAAAUUGGGGGCAAAAUCUGCUCUGGAACCACAGGCUGGUAUCUGACCGCUGAGUGCUGCCCAGCUGCAUGGCCAGUCACCUGGCCAGCCCCUGACAUGAGCAGCUCAGUGGGUUGUGGCCUCAGUCCUGUUUUCGAGUCUUUUUUGGGGUGAGGGACUUCAAGCUGUACUGUGAGCAGACAUCUGUAUCAUUCAUAGCAGCCUCCCUCUUGUUUUUUAAGUUUAUAUUCUUAGCUUAAACUACUAAAUGGUUUUGGAUGCUGCAGCCAGACUUCACACCCCGAAGCUCCCUGGUUGAAACGCGAAUCAGUGGCUUCAACAUUGUUUCUGCCCCUGCAUUGUAAUACCUUAUAAUCAGUGAGGCUAUUCAGAAGAGCCCCAGCCCCACAGUGCUGCAGUACUGGAGGGUGACCAGGGCUGCGGCUGGAGGGAGAAUUCACCAACACCACCAGCUCGGAUCAGUCACUGGGAGACAGAGACCCUCUCAGAGCUUUAGUGGCUCAAGGCAGGGACCCAGGGGAAGCUGCACACAGGAUGGCCACCCCCUCCUCCUUGAAUGGCUUGGGGAGGAGCAGCAGCAAGGGGCCCAGCAAUGUCAGGAGCUCCCAGUAUCAGAGACCCACAGGCUCAACCCAGUUACCUCAACUCGACCUUCACAGAGCAAGGCCUGGAUACCCUAGGCUGUGCUCCAUCCCAGCGUGGCAGCACCUGUUCCAGACUGCACCUGCCCUGUGGGUGGCCCCAAGGUUAUCGCUUGCUCAGAUUUUGUCCAUUUGCUAUGCCAAUGCAGCCAAGAUUACUUUCUACAAUUUGUGAUGCCUUACCAAUUUGAUCUUGAUCCUGUAUUUAAAGUUUUCUAACAUUG